CGUUUGAGCUACACAGCUCUACAUUUUUGUGCUUCUCUAGCCGACACGUGCGUGCGCUUUGUUUUUUUUUUUUUUUUUCUGUGAAACUGAUUUUAACUUUUUAAAAAAUGAAACAAAAGAACAACAAGCUAAUAAAAAAGACUGCCAAAGUAAAUGAUAAAAAGGAAGAGGAAUUAUUACACAAUGAAGAGUCGGUUAACGAGGAAGAAUCUGUAGAUAGCAGCAGUGUCUCAGACGACGAGGAUAACGAAGAGCCAACCGAGUGUCCCAUUGGAAAAGAUGAACCAACUAUUCCAUCCAAAGUAAACAUUGGCACAGUUGCAGAGGAUGUUCCACUCGAUUGCAUUGUACAUGUAAACAAACUGCCCAAAAAAACAAAAGUUAUCGACGUGGUAGAGAUUUUCGCGGAAUACGGACCAAUCGAUACGGUGCAUUUACAAGAAGGGCCGGCUGACUGUACAGCAAACAUUGCGUUUAAGAACUCGAAAUCAGCAACCGCUGCUCUAUCCGCAGACAAGAAGAAUGUUAAAGGUUGUAAUAUUGUUGUGACUAAAAAACAAAUAUCCAAGAAAGGAAAAAAACAAAAGGACACAGCAAAUGUCGGUCGAGAGCGUAGUGUUUAUGUUAAAUUUUUGAAACGCGGUACCACUGAAGAUCAGCUCAAGGAACACUUUAGUUCAUGCGGUGAUAUCGAAGAGGUACGAGUUGUCUUAAAGAACUCUGUAACAUAUGCCUUUGUAACAUUCACCGAGAAGGAAAUGGUUCAAAAAGCUCUGAAACUACAUAAUUCUAUUCUAAACGGAAGUACAAUAGGUGUGCUCGAAAGUAGCACAGAUAACAACAGCCAAGGUAACAAACGCGACCCCAACCUCACCAUUGUGUUGAAAAAUACUCAAAACCUAGAGAGUAUUGAAGGAGAAAAACUGGAAUCCAUAUUUGCAAAGUGUGGGGAAAUUGAAUCGAUGGAUGUCGUCUGUAGGAAAACUACGUUGGCUUUUAUAACCUUUAAAGAUGAAACUGCUGUCAAAAAAGCAUUCAAAUUAAAUGGCAAACAGAUUAAGGAAAUAUCAAUAGAUAUGGAGGCUUAUAAUCCGGACAAACCAAAGACAUCCAUAUUUGUUAGCAAUGUUGCUAAAGAUGUAACGGAGGAAGAUCUAAAAAGUCAUUUUUCGGUAUCUGGAGACAUAUCCGCUGUUAUUCUGAAAAAUGGAUUUGCCGUUAUUCAUUUCAAGGACUCCGAUGGUUAUUGUAAGUCAUUUUUAUUGAACGAAACAAUUCUAAAAGGACAAAUGCUGUUCUUGGAACCACACUCCUUCCGAAAAAAGGCUAUCUUGAAAUCAAAGAGCCACAAAGGUACAAAACGCCCUUCCCAGCAACAUAAUGGUGUGUUCGGCGGCAAGAGAAUAAAGGCAUAAUCAGUCUUAUUACGAUUGGCGAUGUUCACAAAAUUUCCUUAAUUUUGUAGUAAAUAAAAGUAACAAUUUAUAACUAAUUCCUUUGAACGACAACGCCAAAAGUAACGAAGGUGAAAAUGUACUCUAUUUUUAAGAAAACACAAAGAAUUAAUAAAGUUGGUAUACUUUUUUAUACCUAACUUCAAAAUGUAUGGACGUCUAUUGUGCUCCAAUAGUUCUAUAUAAUAUUGUUUUUAUUAUGGAAAAUAAAAACGUUGGAUAAAUCAUGGACAA